GCGUACGCGUACAGCUGCGGUGUGUUCGCUCGCGGAGCUAUCCUCGACGAGCACGUGUUUACGAAUCGUUUCCGUGAGAUAACACUGUACGCGAAAUCGUGUGCUGCAGUGCCGCCGUAUAGUCUGCUCUAUUUCGAGGAACGUAGCCGCAGUGCGCGAGCAGUGAGGAGAUUCAUUCAGUGAUUAUAUACGUGAUAAUCGAGGCUAUAAGCGAUGGAAAGCAACGCCGGCGACUCGGCUGUGAGGGUAAAGAAAGAGCCGGACGAUACUUCAUCAAAUGAAGAUGACAAUCACGUUUUCAAUACGGUGGACAUUAAAAUACCUGCGGAAAAAAAUGCAGCGUUACAAAAAAGGGUCGAUAAAAAUGUAAUUAUAGAUUUGGAGUGCCAAGAUGUCAAAAUUGAAAGUCCAGCUCUAUCGACCAAAAUCAUAAAAACCGAGAAUCAAAAUUGUUCGCCUAUAGUAAAAUUUCAAAGAAAACCGGCGGAAAAAAAUGCAGCGUUACAAAAAACGGUCGAUAAAAAUGUAAUUAUAGAUUUUGAGUGCCAAGAUGUCAAAAUUGAAAGUCCAGCUCUAUCGACCAAAAUCAUUAAAACCGAAAAUCAAAACAGUCCGCCUAUGGUAAAAUUUCAGAAAAAACGCGUGAAAAGAAAUGCAGCGUUACAAAAAAAGUUAAAUAAAGAUGUGAUUAUAGAUUUUGAGUGCCAAGAUGUCAAAAUUAAAAGUCUGGCUCUAUCGACGAAAAUCAUCAAAACCGAAAAUCAAAACAGUCCGCCUAUGGUGAAAUUUCAGAAAAAACGCGUGAAAAAAAAUGCAGCGUUACAAAAAAAGUUAAAUAAAGAUGUGAUUAUAGAUUUUGAGUGCCAAGAUGUCAAAAUUAAAAGUCUGGCUCUAUCGACGAAAAUCAUCAAAACCGAAAAUCAAAAUUGUCCGCCGAUUGUGAAAGCAGAAAACGAAAAUGUGACCAAUUCCGCGAGAGAAAAAAGUCUAAUAAUUUUGAUCAAAAAAGGGUAUAAUUAUGACAGUAAUUGUCAAAUGAAUGUCGAACCUCACGUAAAACUUGCCGAACCAGAGAGGCCAAGAAAUCACGAUAAAACUACUGCGCAAAAAACAUGCGAUUAUUUAAGAAUGUGUCAAAAAAUGCUCACGGCUAGAGUAUGUCUAAAAAGGCUUGUCCUUAAAAAACGAAAAAGCAUUUCACCGAGUAGGUGUGCAGUUAGCGAAGAAUCAUUUUCCUGCGAGGUCGAUCCAAAUUUUCAUUCAAACGAGGUAGAAAAUCCCGUCGAACCUAUGGAUGAUACGAAUAAACAGAUCAAUACAAAACGAAAAAGCAUUUCAUCGAGUAGGUGUGCAGUUAGCGAAGAAUCAUUUUCCUGCGAGGUCGAUCCAAAUUUUCAUUCAAACGAGGUAGAAAGUCCCGUCGAACCUACGGAUGAUACGAAUAAAAAGAUCAAUACAAAACGAAAAAGCAUUUCACCGAGUAGGUGUGCUGUUAGCGAAGAAUCAUUUUCCUGCGAGAGCGACUCAAACGUUCAUUCAAACGAGGUAGAAAAUCCCGUCGAACUUACGAAUGAUACGAAUAAAAAGAGGCUAAAAAUUCUGAUAAAAAAAGGUUAUAAUUACGAUGAUAAUUGUUACAUAAGCGUUAAAUCCCGUAUAGAACUUGCCGAAAAUGAAGAGCUACAAAAUUUUGAACAAAUCGCUGGAAAAAAAUUGCACAAGUCAAAAAUGAGUCUAAAAUCUAAUAAAGCAGGAACUAGUCAAAACAAAUCUGUAAAUAAAAAUUUUAAAAACGCUAGAACGUACGAUUGCUCAGUUUGUAAAAAAUCAUGUUCCAGCAGUAGUGCCCGGCAAAAGCACAUUCUUGCAGCACAUAGUCGCGACAAACCUUUCGUAUGCGACAUUUGCGGGAAAUCUUACUCGUACGCGGGUAGUCUCACUGUUCACGUCAAUUCGGUACACGAGCGCACCCGAACGUACACAUGCGAUAUCUGUUCCAAAUCGUUCGGACUAAAAAGAAACCUCAGGUCUCACAUAAAUUUUGUACAUUCUCGUGUCAAGCCUUUCGAAUGUGACAUUUGUCAGAAAUCAUUUUCGUACAAAGGUACCCUCAGCAGUCACAUAAGUACGGUACACGAUGGGGUCAAAUCCUUCGAGUGUAAUAUCUGUCACAAGACAUUUUCGGGCAGGGGUAAUCUCGUUCAACACGUGAACGCGGUACACGAUAAUAAUAAAAAACUUUUUGAGUGCGACGUAUGCCAGAGGUCAUUCAGUCACAGACGUAAACUUAGACGGCAUAAAACUUUGGUGCACGAUGGUAGAAAAAUCUUCGAGUGUGACAUUUGUCGGAAAAAACUUGGGUCAAAAAACGCCGUUCGAAAUCACAUAAGGGUAAUACAUAAUGGCAUCAAGCCUUUCGAGUGUGAAAUUUGUCACAAAUCAUUCGGAUUCGAGCGAACCUUGAAUAAUCACAGGGAUGCAGUACACGAUCGAAGCAAACCCUUCGAUUGUGAAAUUUGUCGCAGAUCACUUGCGAGCAAGGAUGAUCUCGAAAAACACGUAGAGAAAGAACAUUUUCGAGACAAACCCUUCAAGUGUGACGUUUGUGGCAAGUCGUUCAGUCAUCAAGAAGGACUUGACUCACACAAAAAUUCUGUUCAUGAUCAGACACAAUCCUUCGAGUGCAAAAUUUGUCAUAAAUCAUAUUUUUAUAAAAGUUACCUCUAUACUCAUUUAGCCUCAGUACAUUACCGUAAUAAAGUAUUCAAGUGCGAGAUAUGUAACAAGUCAUUUAGCCGCAAGGAUACUCUAAGAAAUCACAACAAUAGAUUUCAUAAGUAACAAAUCAUUCAUAAAGUAAGAUUUAUACUGUAACGUUUGAGAGAUCAAUCUGGUUUGCCACUUGAUACAAUGAAUUUUUUUUUUAAUUU